UGGAAGUCGGGUGUCUUUGAAUUAACCCCCAAGAUGACUGGGCAAGUGACCAGUGCAUAGUGAAUCUGAGGCAGAUGACUGAGGUCCUCCAUUCUCUAUGUGAAAUGCGAAGGAAAAGGGUCACUGCUGCUGAAGGCAGUUGAAGUGUGACUGAGCUCCUCCCCAGCCAAUGACUGCACCAGCGUGUCUGAGAGCUGCAAGGUUCAAAACCCCAGGCUAGGACAGCAGCUCUCUCAGAGAAGGAAGUGGGAACAGAGCAAAGCAGCAGCAUGUCUGAACUGCAGAAACUUCAGCAGCAUGAAAUCCCCUCUGCCAGGCAAGUCCUGAGGGAGAAUUACAGCAAACUUCACAAAGUGGCUGACUACUGUGAGAACAACUACAUGCAGGCAACAGACAAGAGGAAAGCCCUGGAGGAGACCAUGGCUUACAGUGCCCAGUCCUUGGCUAGCGUCGCGUACCAGAUCAGCAACCUAGCCAGCAACGUCCUCCAAAUGUUGGACCUGCAUGCAACUGAACUCCACCGGGUGGAAGCCAACGUCUGCUGCAUUGCGCAGAUGGUAGACGUGCACAAGGAGAAAGUGGCUCGUCGAGAGAUUGGAACGCUGACAGUCUGCAAGAGGCCCCCCCACUACCAGAAAAUCAUCUAUCCAACAUAUCAGGAACCCCUGGAAGCUUACUACAGGAAACCCCUCAACUUUAGCACCCUGGAUGAUGUUGGUCAUGGGAUAAAGGACCAGAGCACACAGUUGUCACGAACGGGAACCUUGACUUGGAAAGGAUCCAAGACAUCAUCUGGACAGUCUACGGGCACCCUGGGGAAAAACCCUCGUAUCCCAGAGCCCAUUCAACUGCCUGUGGUUCCGGAAGGCAAACUGUCAGCAGCGUCCUCCACAUCAUCUUUAACAUCCCUCAGUUCCAGUGGAGCAGCUGGCAACAUCAAUGCCAAGGUGCCUAUCGCACAAUCUAUGCCGCCCUCACUGCCUCUUCCAUUGGACAUAGACACAAUGCCUCCUCCUCCCCCUCUGCCUCCUGUAGACAUGCCCGAACCUUCACCCAUCGGUUUUGAGAUGCCGCUCCCAGAUGUCCCGCCACCAUUCGCCAUGCCAGAUGCCGACUUCCUGGAGCUCCCCCCUCCGCCCCUGCCAAGCUUGACAGAGUUUGAAGAUUUUGCCCCUCCUCCUCCUCCUCCUCCUCCCCCCCUGGGUACAGAGGAACCUGCGUGGGCGCCAGACAGCUACUUGGAGAAAGUGGUGACCCUCUACCCCUACACUCAGCAAAAGGAGAACGAGCUCUCGUUCCCAGAAGGAGCUGUCAUUUACAUGACCCGGAAGUACUCGGACGGUUGGUGCGAGGGCGUGACCAGCGAGGCAGAGGGGUUCUUCCCAGGCAACUACGUGGAACCUUUCUGCUGCUGACCCUGCGUGGAUGCAGGAGAUGACACCACUAAGGACCAGCAGAUGUUUUCCUCCUUCACCCUUCAGGGUUAAUGGAGCCCAUUCUCUCUGCCAAACCAGGGAGGCCACCUCCACUGCCCCUGGCUACAGAAUUUAUCACUAUCCAUUUACAAUGCAGAUUGAUCAGAUUAUAGAUUCCCCAUUCCCCGUCCUGCGCUGGGGUACAGACAGACCCACCUCCCUGGCAGACGGCGACAGGGAAAGGUAGCGCUCCGCAUCCAAGACUUAUCAGGAGCAGCUUUGGAGGCCCAAGAAAGUGCCCUGCUUUGGCGCUGCUACUUUCAGGUCAAAUCUUAGUCCCCCAGAGCUCAAUGCGAGUUUUUCCAUUGCUUACCCCUGGGGACCAGGCUUGAAGCCUUUAACCUGGAAUCCCUUUGCUUGAGGCUUUGAUUAUUCUCAGCUCUUUUAUUUCCACCCCCUGCACGUGCACCAUGAUCAGAGGAUCCUCUUCCGGGUUCCCCAGGGAGCCUGCAGCCAGUCCCUCCCCCUCACCAGAACGAAUGCGGCUGAAUAGCAGAAUGCUGUUGACUAGCUGGGAAGGGAGUCCGAGGUAGGCGUGUGGAGUGCUCGGAGAUUCCCAAUGCUCAGGGCUGCUCCAAGGCUUCCCCGCUCAUGAGUCCUGCAGUAGCUUAGAAGGUGCUGAGCAGGCUCUCGUGGGUCUAGGGAAGAGCCUUUUCCCCAGCAACUGGGAUAGUGGUGCCCAAACACGGAAGCAGCAAUGGGCAAGAGACUGAAUCUCAGUUCCGACAGAGUCACCUGGUGACCUUGGGCAAGUCUAGUUUCUCAAUUUGGAAAGCAGGCACAGUGCUUCCCUGCCUCACAGGGCUGGGCUAGAGAGUAACGUGGGCACGUGGAGUGCCUUUGGCACAAAGCGUGAUGGCAGAGCGACCGGCAGCAGCCUAGACAGGCAGAGACACGAGAAAUGGAAAAACAACUGGGGAAGGUGGUUGGAAGAUAAGAGGAUGUUUUGCAAUGAGCUUUGGCAACGAGACUAAGUUGUAUAAACCAGAGCCAGUGGAUCCAGGCUCAAGUGCACAAGAAUAGCCCCCUUGUUUCCGGCUGUGUAAGGAUACAGAGCCAUGUAGUACCCUAUCAGGUUGCUGCUUGGGGUAUUAUGAGCCUUGUCCCCAAAAUGCAAAUGUCAGCAGAGCUGCAGCUUCUGCUUUGCCUCCCUUGAUUCUUUACUGAAAAAUGGCAGCUGAUUGCCUUGAGGUUUAGAGUGAAAGAAAGGCAGCUCUGCCUUUAAGCCCCACCCAGGGCCUUGCCUCAUGGAAUUUUGGUGGGCAAUCCAUGCUCUGAAUGCGCUGUGGGGACCCACCUCGCUGACGUCUCACAGCACAUUGGAAGUAGAAAGGGAGGCUCAUUGAACCUGGUCCCCUCUAAUGCCAGGUGCUGUUGAGAGCAUUAGUGAGCAGGUCCUCUGCUGCGUGCUGUUGCUCCUGCCUCCCAGCUCCCUCACUGCUUAGAUAAAGGUGCCCACUUUUAAUAAAGAGUUCUAAAAGCUUGUGUCUCCCCCGGCUGUAGUGGAUGGGUGGGAACGUCAGCUGCAGGCUUGCCCCUGCUUAAAUAUAGCUGAAGUGUACCAGCAACACACCUGGAAACGAAGGGUUAACGUACCUGCAAUACCCUUUGUAUUUUUUUUUGUUUUAAGGUGAGGUUUCCAAAGUGGGGAUAGUGGAU